AUGAGGUCUGCCAAGGUCGGCUCCCAGACUACUCGGACUACGAUGCUCUGCCAUACGUACACGCACUCGUGCACCACUGACGACAUCUACGAAGAAUACCUUAUCCCGGAAGGUUCCAUCGUCGUUGCGAAUAUCCACGCGAUUUUGCACGACCCCACGGCAUACCCUGACCCCUCGACCUUCAACCCGGAGCGCUUGCUGUGCCGCACCCCCGAUGGCGAGCUCGCGCUAGACCCCAAUGUGCCAGAUCUAUUGCACGCCGCCUUCGGCUUCGGGCGCCGCAUCUGCCCUGGGAGAUUCAUGGCGUACCAGUCCAUAUGGCUCACUCUUGCGAGCUUCCUCUGCGCAUUCCGUAUCGAGCGCGCAAAGGACGAGCGCGGGGUGCCCAUUGACCCGGGCGGGGAGUACGACUGGGGCUUCACAAACUGCCCGAAGCCGUUCCAGUGCAUGAUACGCUCGCGCACGGAGGAAUACGAGACGCUCAUUAUGCGGGCUGCCAGAGACGAAGAGUGAGCGACUAAGAGGCCUGCUAAUGCGACGUUGUCGAACGAGUGCAACUGCUGAAUGUCACGCUCUAUGCUCCAUGCAGUACUGCCAUCAAACGAACUGUCUCGCCCCUGUGACAUUUGAAAGCAAGUCAUGUGUACAUUUGAGGACAAUGGGAUGUGGGGCAAAGAAAGACACCAGCGAAUUUCAGCUCCUACUCUCAACGUCGUCCAGGGAUGGGCGCGAGCCUCGGCAGGUGCCGCGCCACGACGUUCCGUGCCACCGCCGCGGUCUCAAUAUGAUGCAUCCCAGCGCGAGUUCCGAGAGGCUAACCUAGUCCAUAGGCAACAGUGCUCCAGAGCGGCCCAAGGCAGAUCCAAGCACACCAGAGAACCCCGACACGCCAGCUCACUCCACAGCGACAACAGCAAGUUCUCCGACGUCGAUGACACCAAAUCCGCCCUCCUCGUGCAGGCCGUCUAUGAGCUCGGUCGAGACCAGCUACGAAGCGAGAAGGUGUAAGGGCAGAAGAACGAGAGGGAAGGGAGGAGACAGCCACGCACCCGGAGACCCAUCGUAGCUAUGAACGAAAGCGAGCCGCCACGCCAGAUGGGCAUCAUCGCCACAUCAAGCGAUCCA